GGUGUGGGUGUGGGUGGGUGUGGGUGUGGGUGUAGGUGGGGUGUGGGUGUGGGUGUGGGGUGUGGAUGUGGGUGUGGAUGCGGGUGUGGGUGUGGAUGCGGAUGCGGGUGUGGGUGUGGAUGCGGGUGUGGGUGUGAGUAUGAUCGCUUUUCAUAACAUCACACCCACACCGUAUGAAAUUCGGGAGAUCGAUUUUUUCUGAAUAGUCCCGAUCCCGAAUGUCCUCUCCAGAAUUUUUUAAAUAGACCCGAUCCCGUUUGUCCCGUCCCGAAAAAUUUUCGAGACAAUUCCGAAUAUCCUGCGGGAUGGAACAAACGGGGCUUUUUAGAAUUCGAGACUGUACCACAGUCUUCUACUUGAUUCGCUGUUAAAAGGCCUUCUAAUCACUUCCUAUAUUGUCGACAAAUCUAUCGGACCUAAUGAAUCGAAAUAAAAUCAAGGAAGUGGCUUCGAAUCAAUCUCAUUCGAUCCUUUUCCCGCUAUUUACUCUUCUAUUUUAUGCAGUACAGUUCAGUGGUGCAUACAAAAUGAAAAUAUAUAUCCGAUCAUCACUUUACUCUCAACUAAUUAUAAACAAGUGGCAAAAUUUGCGAGUAUAAAAAGCACCGCUGAUCCUCGAUGCUUACAUAAAGGCAAAACUAGUUAAAAACACUGCCUCAUAGUAUUCGUUUCACCAUCAAUGUUGCUGUCGACCUGUAUCAUUUUCUUAAUUAUUAUCAGUUGUGUCGAUGCCCAAGAUGAUGUUAAGCAGCGUGCUGCUAACUUUCUCGCCCGUGUAGGUCUGACUAUUCCUCCAACAGGUCAAGGCGAAGACCAAUGGGUAGCACUUUGUGAAGUGAAGGCUCGCAUCACUGAUGCUGAAUUAACAGAGAAGAGGGUUACACAAACAUGCACAAAAACAACGGGCGGAGAAAUCCUUGAAAUACGUGUCAUUCGACGUGCUGCAUGGCGCUGUUCGUGGUCAACAGAAUCGUAUUCGUCUGGUACUCUUCUUAAUUAUCAGCAAACACUCGCGAGUCAAUAA